AUGUUGUCGUCGGCUUGGCACUCGCCGACAGCGUUCCCAGGCUCGAUCGUCGGUGCGUACAAUGGCACCAAGGCUCUGGCAUCUCCGGCGUCUCCGCGCGAUGGCGUGCCCAUUCUGCGCGACGGCAUCAUCUUGGCCCUCUCUGCACGAGGGCAUCUCUGCAUCAAGGCAUCUCUCGCGCGCAUCAUCCCUCCGGCGGGCAACUCUGCGAUUCGCCGAGAUGAAAUGGUGCCAUCCUCCGCCAACUGUUGCCCCGACGUGCGCAGUGCCAGCGCAUCGCCGCCUCGGGAUCCGACCGCUCCGCCAGCGAUUCGCGCGGCUCGGUCUCAAAUCGUUCUCUCCAUUGUUCUGCCACAGUGGUUCUGCCGGCUUUCAACAAUCUCUUCUACGGUCUCUGGUUCGGGUCGAGAGGAGGCGGCGCUGAGCAACUGCCCUUUUUUACCCGAGAUCUCCUCGGCCUUGCGUCUGCGAAAAUCCAGACUCGCGCUGUACGCCGAUGUCGGUGGCGGCCUCGACGUCCGCGGUCUCGAACCGCCUGUUGGCCACAGCAUCGCGCCUUGA